AUGAACCCGCGCAGCAAAGCACUGAAGGGGUCGACCUGCGCGCAGCGCAUUGAGGCUGCUACCACGACGCGAUCCCAGGUGGUCAUCUCCGAUCUGGCGUCUGCUGAUGCGGAGAACCUUUUUGCGAAGUACGACUUCGAAGGCAUAUCUCUCCUGCCCAGAGGUGCGCUGACGGAGGUUCUUCGGGACAUCGGCCUAGAGAAGGUUCUGGGUAGCGAGUUUGCGGCUUUUGCCAAGCUGGCGUUUGACGCCCAUUCCGCCGAUUCCCACUUCCUCUCGCCCCACGAGUUCAAGCAGCUGUACUACCGCCUUCUGCACCGAUACACAGACCUCCUGCCAAGGGCCCCUGCGUUGCGGGUGACGGUGUACUCAGCCAAGAACCUGCCCCCUGCAGACGUCAAUGGCAAGGCCGACCCCUACUGCACCAUGCAGCUUUCAGGGAAGCCCAAGACCAUGACACGGACGCGGCAUGUGGAGAAGACCCUGGAGCCAAAGUGGGGGGAGGAGCUCACAGGGAACUACGCGUACCAGGAGGGUGAUGACUUGCAUUUCGAGAUCAUGGACUACGACCGGGGCAGUGUGGUGGGGGACCUUCUAUGCACUUGUGUCAUCCCCAGCAAGGAGUUCCACCGACCUGGCGGCUUCGAUGGCACCUGGCCGAUGACGCUUUCUCCGGAGACGGCGAAGCUCAAAGGAUACAGCCCCACGCUGCGGCUGCGAAUCCAAGUGACCGCCUUCCCAGAGCCGCCACCGAGGACGACCAUCCUCAUACGGCAUGCGGACGGCCUGCCCCCAGCGGAUGCCAAUGGGAAGUCGGAUCCCUUUUGCACCAUCCAGCUUGUGGGAAAGCCCUUCUCCAAGUCCUCGACUACCAUCAAAGCGCGGACGCUGGAUCCUCUGUGGAACGAGACCCUCACGGACAAGCACCGCUACGAAGCUGGCGACGCGAUCUCCUUUAAGGUGUGGGACUAUGACAAAGCCGGGGGCAACGACCUCCUGGGUGAGUACGUCUUGGAAGGUAGCCAUUUCCACAAGCCAGGUGGUUUCGAUGGGGAGCUGAAUCUCCAGUGUCCAGACCCCAAAUAUGCGCCAGUGCUGAGCGUGAAGAUCUUGGUGCGGGAGCUCGAGGAGGUACAGGCGUCGGCGUCCGAGGCGACCGAGGCUGAGGAGCCUGAUGCUUGA